ACUCAACAUGAUUGUCUAUUACCAAAAAUCAUUGACCAACUUGUCUUACCACUGAACACAAAGAAACCACGUUCACCGGCUAUUACCCAAUGUAUUAAACUAAACUUGGCUGAGGUGAGUUGUAGAGAACAAGUAUUAUAUCACGAGCAAUCCUGGCACGUCUCUUACGUUUAGCAUUUUAGUUUCUAGAAGGACUAGCGUCUUUGGACUUCAGAAGGGAUGAAUUUAUUAAACGAAAAAUCAAACAAAUAUUUGCUGCUUACUUUCAUGUAUUUAAUCAGGUUUGUCAUUAUUAUUAAUUGCUCAGAUUGUUAGAUUGAAUCGAUCGAUCAAGUGAUCAGCUUAGUUGAGUGAAUUAUUUUGUUUACUGCAUUUUUGAUUGGAUGGUUGCAGAUGAGUUCAGUAAUUGCUUGAUAAAUUUGUACAUUCACUUUAUGCCAAUUCAUUCCUGGCUAUGUUUUGUUUAGAAGUGUUAUUUAUCAACAAACUCUUCGCCAAUAAAGAAUCCAUUCCUGGUCAGUAGUUAAGUGAACUUAGAAAUCUUAUAGUUUGUGCCCUGGUGGGAAUCUUGUGAAUGUUCUGUGGAGGAGGGGUAUUGCAUGUGUAGAAGUGAAUCAGUCGCCAUUACUGCCCCCCCCCCCUCAUUUUUCAUUUCCAAAACUCCAGAUUGUUCAUAAUGAUAUCACUCAUCUGCUAUACAUCCCUUUAGGACGUUUUGAAGGGGACACUGUCCGCCAAUCCUACUCAAGAUUCGAGGUAUAGUCGAGUUAGCUGUGUACAUAUAUGUAUAGAAAUACAGUUCCACUUGCCUCAGAUUCCUUGUGAACAACAGCAUUUUCUCGUACAGUUAGGAGUCACCUGAAUAUGUUGACUCUAGAUAAAAACUAUUAAUAGUGAUAAGGAAAUUGAGCGAGUCUAUACUCUACUUUAGCAAUACGUAUAGGAGUAAAGUAUUAUAUCUUCGCUUUAAUUUCUUAGUAUUGUCAUUUCAUCUUCUGUGUUUUUCUCUAGUGACUUCAGACAAUAUGUUAUAAAUAUUAUUAAAUAUAAUUAUUUGGUUAUUCCUGGACGCUCUCCUCAAGAAUUAAUCCCGGUAAUUUCUCUUCCUUUAAAGAAAUAUUUCUAUAAUUUUGCAUUUUAAAGACAUGAUCGCACAUGUCGUUACGGCUCGAGCAAAAAUACGGUAACAUUUGUCUUGUCUUCUUUUAGACGUUAUUUUUUCUUGGCGAUCUAUUUAAACGAACGCUGUCACCAGGUGAAACAGCAAGGUAAGCUAAAUUUCAUUCAUUUUCUUCAUUCAACAAUCUCUUUUAGUGUACGUCUCUGGUGCGAAAAAGUGACUUAAAUUGAAAUGUAUUAUGUAUAACGACACUUCAAUCGAUGAUUCCAGCUUUUGACAAAAUUUUUAUCUAUAGACAAGAAGAACGAAAUGCAUUACCAUAGCUGGAAAGAGCAUCUUAAAAUGAGUAAAAUUGCAAAGUUUAGUUGAGACUUGUUGUGAAAUGAAGAAAAUACAGCCCUGUGAAGUUCGCAUGAAUUUUGUAUAUAUUUGCAUUACGCGCGGGAAAAUAACCAUUUUUGAGCGGAAAGUGGUUAUUUUUCCCGCGCGUAAUACAAAUAUAUACAAAAUUUGCGAACUUCGCAGGGCUAGAUUUCCUUCAUUUUACAACAUUUAGCAACCAAUCUUUGCAGUUUUACUCAUUCUAAGACGCUCUUUCUAGCUGUGGUGUUGGAUUUCGUUCUUCGUGCCUUGAUCAAAAUUUAGUCUGUGGCUGGAAUCACCCAUUGUUUUCUUAUGACUACCAUCCGGCGAUUUGAUUCCACAGUGGAGGAGAUCGGAUGAAGAAGAAAUUGCCGAUAUUUUAUGACAUGUUUUAUGAAUUUCAGAAAUACUCCUCUUAUACUAAAGAAUAUCCUGGCUUGUCUUUUGGCUUGUGACACGAGCAGUCCGGACACUGAACCGCCGUAUAUCAGAAGUGAAGGUAUGGCCACUGAUGUUUCUCGCGAUCGUUAGGGAGCUGGAAAAAAGUUCAACCAUUAUCAUUUUUCUUACACAAAAAUGUUGAGUGUUUGCUGCCUAAUUUUAGCAACCAAGGUGUUAGAACUGAUGAUGAUCAGUUGUCAAAAAGCGCAGGAAGUUACCUCAAGGUGAGAAUCCUUUUUUGAUAUCGCAGAUUUUGGCGUAUGCCUAAGAUCGCAGAGAAAUACAUUUGACGUACUUAAUAAGAAAGCUUCCAGUGGCGGAAACUCACUGGGGGCGGGGACAAAGCCUCCUAAAUUUCCGACUAAACUUUCAAAUUUCCGACUACCAAUUGCACUCGAAAAGACUGUUUUUAGCCUUCUUUUAGGUCAAAAUUUCCGAAAAUGUUCCGUCAAAAUUUCCGUCAAUUUUCCGUGAAGGUGGGGGUGGGGCCACUUUCGGCCCAAAUGUGGUGCAUUUUCUCGCGCGUCAUACAAAUUAAUAUAAAAUUUGCAAAUUUCGCAGGGCUAUAUUUUGCGCAUUUUACAACAUUUCACAAGCAAACUUUGCAAUUUUACUACUUUUAACAUGCUCUUUCUAGCGGUGGUGAUGGAUUUUGUUCUUCUUGCCUAGAUCAAAAUUUAGUCUAUCGCUCCAAUUGCCCAUUCGAAGCUUUUCUAUUAUUUAUUGGCACUACCUACAUUAUAUAGCACAGACCAUUCAAGAUUAUUUGACGUACUUAUCUUUUCAGAGAUGCUCUUCAUGCGCUGUUAAAGGAAUUUAUCUUUUCAAACAUUAACCAAGUUCAGGUAGGUGUCUGUACUGGAACCGUAGCUAAGCUGACCGUAGUAGAACCGUGGUUUGACCGCAUGCAUUUGAAACGCAAAUUUGCCAUUUGGUGGAAGAGUUUUAUCAUGCAGUAUUGUUUAAAAUCAAUUUCUAAAUUAUACAGGGAACAAUCUUUAAAGUUCUAAAUACUUUAUCAAAGUUUGAUAAAGAGUUGGUUUUGUCUGGUAUUCCUACAUCAAAAGAAGCCAUUCUUUCUACGGAGCGACAACGAGGUGUUGGAACUGACACUACACUAAGGUAUGCACAAUGUUCCUUUAGCCUCUUCACGUUGAUAGAAUUCUCGGAAUUUCUCUUCUUUUUCUAGAACUUCCUUUAAAUCACUUUUGGAAAGUCUUGGAAUGCAAAUAGAUGAACACGAAUUCUAA